ACGCACGCAUGCACCCGUGCUCAACAAAUGAACGACGAUUUGUCGUGUUUGAACAGUUGAUAGGUCAGGCAGUGGCAGGUGCAGAGAUCCUGUUGUGCCUUGGUGGUCGCUGGUACCGCGGGGUGGCAGUACGUGACCCGGUGCGAGCGCGAUCAGCAAGCACCUCCUCGCUGCGGGACGAUGCGCGUUUCCUCGGUCUUCGAGGCAGUGGACCAGCGCUUGGCAGCAGAGAGGCGGCGUAGGUGGGAGAGGGAGGAGGAGGAGGAGGAGGGAGGUGCGUUACGCUUCCGUCGUUCCCUGUUCUAACGCCGAUCUUCGUAUUUGUGAGGUCAUGUUUUGCUCGUCUUGGGCAUUUUCCAAUCGCCCGUCGGGGCUGUUUCCAUCAGGAAUAACACACACACACACACACACACAGAGCGAGAGAGAGAGAGAGAGAGAGAGAGAGAGAGAGAGAGAGAGAGAGAGAGAGAGAGAGAGGCGAUUUGAGUGAGAUUUGACGAAUGAGGGCGGUGUUUGAAGCGAAAAAGCUGGUGUGGAGGGGUGGAAAGGAGAACGAUAUCACUCUUAAGAGUUGUAGAAGUAGAAGAGGGGUGAAGAGGUGUGAAAGGGGAGGUGGGAUCGAUCUGUGAGAGCAGUAGAGGUGUUCACAGUGUGUGUGGGAAGAAGGGGGGGGAGGGGAAAGGAGUGUGUGUCGGAAUUAUAUGUUAUUUUGUAUUGGAGCGGAAGAGUGAGAGACGUGACGUGGCAGUUGCUGAUGAGCUGGAUCUAGACUCUGAGAGAUUGAAUCUGGAGAGAAGAGAAGGAGAAAGAGGCGGGAGACAGAGGUGGGAGUGAAGAGGUGGUGGUGUGUAUUUACUUUUCGUAAGCUAAAUAUUGCCCUCUUUUAUUUGAGGGAUUUUGCGGGUAUCGAGUCGAGGAGGAUUCCGCAGAUUGCCAGGAGCAUCAGCAGAGGUCAAUCAUCAAUAGAUCAAUCAAUCAAUCAAUCAAGUAAUUAAUCAUGGCCGUUGAAAUUGCUCGAGUGCACGGUCUAAUUAGAUCUCAUUUGACAGAGAAAGAUGGCGACGCGAGAUUCGGCAGUAAUCUGCUAUGCGAUCAAGACCGGCGGGGAGGAGGAUUAGGAGGACUGGGAGGAGGCGGAGGGGGUGGUGGUGGUGGUAGUUGCUUUGGAGGAGGGGGUUUUGUCGACAGCUACUUCCCGUUGUUGAUGCCUUCUUCAGAGAAGAAUACCCCUUAUCAUUUCCCAUCCAUGUUUUCGUGUGACCCAGAUCCCAACCACAGAUCCUGGAGACUUACGUCUGCAUCCCACUCGACGGAUUCGUCAGAUGGCAAUUCGUCGGACGAUCUUGAUGCUGUGUUUGAUGGGCAAGAAAUCGCUGAGAGGAUUGCGCACUCCAUGCUCGAUGAAGAUGACGACUUGUCUUUGGAAUCUUCCAUCGCCGCCGAAACGGAGCUCAACUUCAACUCCUUGCAUCUCAGGCAACUUCUUGGUGGCGUUGUUGAUCAGGGGAGUGACACGGGCAUGAUGUCGCCCGGUAUUUCUGCCAGCGCGUCUUCCUUGGGGUUGACGUCGUCCGAUGAUCUGCUUGCCGACUGGGGGGAGCCGAGGCUGGGAAACGUCCUCACGUCUAAUAAGGCGGGAAUGGGUCUGUCGUCGUACUACUCGAGAACGGCCCCAUCAUCGCCAACGGCAGCUUUGUCGCCAUGCUCAUCGCCGUCGGCAUCGAGGCUAGAGAUCAACCGACCACCUCCGCUUCAACGAGUACUCUUGCAGCAGCAGCUGCAGAUCGCCCAGCAGCAGCAGCAGCAGCAGCAGCAGUUUGUGCAGGGAAGGGAUUUCGGCGCGUCAUCGUCACCACUGGUUCAUCCGAAAAACUAUAUCUGGAAGACUCGUCCGGCCUUGCCGCAGAAUGUGCAAGUGAUGAGUGGUGGUCCCAACGGGCAGCAAACACAGAUGAUGCCUGCGAAGAUGCUGCAAAGGUCCGUGUCAGCGCCGUUUCCAUCGUCGGUGAAAGAGCAGGGAGUGGCUGCGGUUAUGGCGGCGGCGCUUUCUCCUCAUCACCACCUGCAGCAGCAGCAGCAGCACCAGCAGCAGAUGACCCUACUCUCCCCUCAGCAGACUACGGUCUUCGGAAAACAACAACAACAGCAGCAGCAGCAGCAGCAGCAGCAGCGGAGGAACUGGGGAGCCUCCUCCAGAGGCGGAGUAGGAUUAGUGAAGGAUGACGAAAAGAGACAAGUCUCUGGCGGAAAUAAUAAUCAGAGUCGAUUCCAGAACAGAGGCAAUCUGACUCCGGCGGGAUGGGCAAGAAGCCAACGACAGCAGCAGGCACAGCAGGGGCAGCCUGGAAGAGCUGUAGGAGGCCAGAGGGGGUCUUCGGGUCACCGUUCUCCGAGGGCAAUGGAGGGCAACGUCACCCCGCAGCAAUGGGCAGGUAGUCCCACGCCAAUCAGCAACGGCUUGCGUGCCGUCUUCUUGCCGGGGGCAGGAAGCUGUGGGCGAGAAUCUGGAGGAACGGGCGUUUUCCUUCCCAGAUGUCCUACCAAUAAUGGGAACGAGUUUCGACGGAAGAAUAGCAAGACCAAUCAGCGCGGUGUGCUAAACGACAGCACCUCUCCUGCGUGCUCGCCUGUUCUGCUUCCAUCUCGACUUGUCCAGGUACUUAACCUGAACAUCGAUGAUCCAUUCACCGGUGGAAGGUCGCCACAACGGUCACCUCGUACUCCAGUGAACCAAGCCGAUUUCAUGCCCUCUCUCUGUACCAGCAAUCGCAUGGGAAUGGGACGGCUGGGACAGUCUAAGGGCCCGUCUGCUGUGAGUGACAAGACCUGGGCCAUGCCUUCCGUUGCCACGAGUGUAGAGAGCAGGAGGAAGAUGCAGAUGCAGAUGCAGAUGCAGGCCUCAGCGCCUAGUUCACCUGUUGGACAGAAGAUGCACAGCGGCCGAGGCAAUGCAGCGGUGUAUUCUCUGGGCAUGAACAUGGCGCCGAACGGCAGCAGCAGCGCCAGCAUCACCACCGGCAGCGGCAGUAGCAAUAACAACAGCAACAACAACAACGCUUGCGAGCUCAAUGACUGUGCUCUUGAGCUGCCAUCGGAAUGGACGUACUAGUUUUACGUACGGGGACGUAAGAAGACGACUGUGUGUUGUGGAUGGAUCGAUCGUCUUCCGCCACCUGCCGACGCAGCAGCGCUUUGGGCUUUUCACUUAAAGUGCUCUGAUAUACUUAGUUGCAGCACCAAGUGAUGGCUGACGAUAAUGGAUAAUGGGCUAUUUAUAUUUGUCAUCGCCAUCAGGCUGCUUCCAGGUAAGAAGGGUGUACCGAUUUUCCGAGUGAAGAAGGGUGUGCCCUGCCCCCUUUUCGUUAAAGGAAGGGGGGAUUAUGUUGUGUAGUAUGAUAUGAUGUUUACGUGUAGAAAUCUAUUAGACAACGGAUUCUGUGUCAGAUGACCAGAUACAUUCUGUCAAUUUUCUGUCUUUUGUGCAGGCAGAUGACCAGAUACAUUCUGUCAAUUUUUUGUCGUCUUCUGUUCAGGCAGAGUUGUAUUGUCGGACUUGUGAGGGCAUCCUCUCACACGAGGGAUUCCUUCCUGUUUCUGGAGGUAAUUUCGGUCAGAUACGUCCGUGUCCGACUGCAAAUGCAGUCAGGACUGUUUCCGAUAGUGCUCAUGUGAGUACACGUUUGGAAUCUGUGAUGUGAUGUGAUGUGAUGGCAGUGAAAAAGCGCAUUACGUCGAGGUGUAGGUAAGAAAUGCAUGGUCUGUCACGCCAGAAGUCGCGGGUUCAAAUCCCGUUUUUCCUGGGAGGUAUGGCUGAGUGGCUGAAGGCAGGGCCUGUGGAUGGUUUGUGUAGAGUUUCGCAGAGGCUUUCGCUUUAGUCGCUGUGGAUGGGUGGAGAGAGAGAGAGAGAGAGAGAGAGAGAGAGAGAGAGAGAUCAUUUCUGGCUUUUUGCUGUUCAAGAUCCGACAGCAGGGAUAUAAGAGGUCAGUGAGGCAUUUACAGACUGUUGGAGUAUGAUGAUAAUGAAGAGGGAAGCUGUGUAGAGAGACUUGGGGAUGUGUGUGUAGCAUUGUGUGUGUGCAGUUGUAUGACCACACAAGGGAGUGUAUAACAGCAAUUUCAGAAAGAAGAUAGUUGCGUGGGGGAUGGAUAUGAUGCAAUAUAUCAUCAUCCUCGUUGGCCUUCUUAAGAUCGCCACCGUUUCCAGGGGGGAGCGCAAUGCAGCAGCGUUCAGGGCGUGUAUCGUUCGAUCCUGCGCGAGAAAUUCUCUUCAGCAGGUGAUGCAGUGCAGCCGAGGACUCAUGAAUUUUGCCAGCUAGCUCAGGUAUCAUCAACUGUUUCUUCUAUGUGUUUCGCAGGUAUCCAUCGUUGGAGGGAGGGAGGGAGGGAGCAGAGAGAGAGAGAGAGAGAGAGAGAGAGAGACCUCGGUUGCAUGAGGGGUGGAAGUGUGUACAAAAGAGAGAGAGAGAGAGAGAGAGAGAGAGAGAGAGAGAGAGAGAGAGAGAGAGAGAGAUGCCUUGGGGGUGGAAGUGCAUGUACUAGUUUCACUGGAGGUGUGCCUCUCUGAGAGAGACGAAGGAGGGGGGGAGAGAGAGAGAGAGAGAGAUGCCCUGGGGGUGGAAGUGCAUGUACUAGUUUCACUGGAGGUGUGCCUCUCUGAGAGAGAGAGAUGCCUUGGGGGUGGAAGUUUAUGUACUAGUUUUA